CUCUGAGAGUGUCUGAAGAGUAGAAAUUGGAAUUGGAAUGUUGGCUUGAAAAAAAAGCAAUGCUUUGAAGACUGCCCGGAAGACGCUCCCUGAGCCUAUGAGGAAUGAACUACGCUCUGGAUGAUGCCCCUUCCCAAAACCACCAUGAAUUUUCCCUUCCACUGUUGGCACGGGCCACCACCGUCACCCAGGUUCCCCCAGCCAAGACGAUAACCUUCUUCAAGAAAGGGGACCCCCGCUUUGGUGGGGUCCGGAUGGUUGUUAACCCGCGCAUGUUCAAGAGCUUCAACGCCCUCAUGGAUGAGCUCUCUCACCACAUUCCCCUAUCAUUUGGUGUCCGCACGAUCACCACACCCCAAGGAGUACACUGCGUCAGCUCCUUGGAGCAACUUGAAGAUGGGGGCUGCUAUGUUUGUUCUGACAAGAAUCCUUCCAAGGCCCUUGGAGGGUCAUCCAAGUGGCCAACAGGAUCCUCAUCAAGUGGUUAUCCCACCCAGAGGAUCAACACCUCAGAAGACUGGCAGGAGACCCCUUCUUGGCAGGGCCCUAGAGCACCAAAGAAGUUAACUCUGGUAAAGAAUGGAGAUAUUGGAUUUCGGCGCUCCUUGAUUCUGGGUCCAAAGAAUACUCAGAACCUUAAGGCCUUCCUCAAUGAUGCGUCUGAGGUUUUGCACUUCCCUGUAAAUCACCUCUACAAUCCUGAUGGGAGGAAGGUGGAAUCCCUACAGAGUCUGCUUCAAGGCCCUUCUACUGUGGUGUGUGCUGGACAAGAGCCCUUCAGACCUAUGGCGUUGGAAAAUUCCAGGAGACGCUUGCCUGACAAGUUGCCGGGACUGACUUCUAAGAAGAGAACUGCCCACUGGGAGCUGAAAGCCAAGAAGAGUGUCAUCCAUUCAAGGUCUGAAUCAAGCAACAGAUCAAGGCAGCUUUCCUUGACAUCGGAGAAGUCCUACCUCAAUGGCUCUAGGGCCUCUAUAAGGAGUGGCAGCCCUGUCCCUACAACAAAUACCAACGCUCCAGAGAAGUCUGCUGGUCUCAUCCCCUUUGGGGCUAACGAAGACGAUGUUGAGAAGAAGGUUCAUGUGAACAAAGAUGGCAGCCUAUCAGUGGAGAUGAAAGUACGAUUCCGACUACUCAGUGAGGAAAUGCUCCAAUGGUCCACCCAUAUUAGGAAAGCUACCCAUCUCAUGGCAGCCAAUGGGGAUGACCUAAGACCCAGUGGAGUUGCCCUAUUCCAUCCAUCUAGGGAGAAUAAUGUGCAGAGAUCUUCAGAGGUAGAUACCUUCCUUUGUCCAGAUGAGACCAAUCCCCGAGUGCUGGAGGAAGCUUCUUAUCAAGGGUGUCAGCAGCCACAACCCAAAUAUGAAAUCUGGAAAAAUCCUGUGCAUGUUUCUCAGGGACAGGGAACAGGAACUGGGAGGAGCUCCUGGAUUACCCAGUCCCCUUGCUCAGGGGCUUCCUUGUUCCGACAGGCCAUCCACCAAACAAAGGCUUCUGGGGACAGUCUUUGCACCACUUCUGGUGGAGAACCCUUAGAAUGCAGUGCGCCAGGAUCCUCUUGUUAUUCUGGGAUCCUGGAAGGCAUGGUACAAUGCAGUGAUAAGGACCUGGCCUCGGGUCAAAGGAACUUAGCCACAGCUGCUUCAAGCGAUGAUGAUGAUGAUGGGGAGCAUGAAUAUACCCCCAUUGGGAAAAACAAUAAGUCCUGUGAUGGGGUGCCUGACUCACAUAGGAAGAGCUAUCAGAAAACUCAAGGAACUAAGACAGGCAGGAAGUGGCUCCCAGAUAAGGAAAAGGGAAAUGAGGCAUGCUUAAUGGACUGCCUGGAGGAUGAGGCUCAGGAUGCAGCAGAGCACAUUUCUGCCUCAUCUGUAUGCUCCAGGUGCAGGGAAAAGAGAAUGCAUGUGGCUGAGAAGGCAAGUGGCAGUCCUGGACAGGAGGGGGCUUUCUGUUCCUAUGGAAGAGAAACUAAGGGAACAGCCACCAUGGCCCAUUCUACUCCAUCUUGUGGCCCUAGCAGGAAAUCGACCCCUCAGAUGAACAGUGCUCAAGAGGGCUCUGGUUCUUCCCUUGUUGGCCCAUGCUCCUUAAAGAAUAAAGUUCUGGAAACUGAAGAGGAGGAACACUGCAGGAUAAUACAGGAUACGGGUUCUGGAUCUGUAUGGAAGAUGCCCAGGGCAAUGGUCAAUGAUGAGUUCAGUGACCUUGAGUGGAGUUGCAUUCCACACUCUUCCUGUCCCUCAGUAUGCAGUGGAAGCAAAGGAUGGGGAAGCCCUAAGAGUAAUGGGUCCCUACAUGAUGUCUCUCACUCUUCCAGAGUAUACGAGGGAAGCAAAAGCAAUCAGCCACAAAUGAAGGGCAAUGGGGAUAAAGGGACUAGCUACAUCUUGGAAGGCUCACCCGAGAGGUCCCUGCCAAGGAGAAUGUUCAGUUUCCCCCUCCUAGAAAAGCCCAGGGCAGACAAUCAAACUUCUAUUUCUUCCAGAUGUUCAUCUAAAGCUAAACAGAAAACUGCAAGGGACCCUGGGUCCUCUUUAUCUUCUGCUCAUUGUUUAGAAUGUUUAUCAAGACUCAAUGAUGCCUCCAUUACUCGGGAGGAUAACCCAGAUCAGAAGAAAUUAGAGAAUGUUUCUAAUUCCAGCCAUUCAGAUCCUAACUUUUUGGAGAAGAUGAGGGGAGUCACAAAAGCCAAUGUUAGCUCUCCAGAGCCAAGAUCUUCAAACACAUCAGACUCUUCUGCCUUGCAAGGUAUUGCUGAGUCUUGGGAUGAGAAGAGCCUGGAGGACCAUCCUAGAGUUUCUUUGGAGUUGAAGAUUAUUGAACCUCAGGUGGAGGAAUCAAAUGCCUGCAGAAGUAGCUGCUCCUCCCAAUCCAGCAAAACCCAACCUUCUAGUACUUACAGUGAUAAACUGCUGGUCCUUCCAGCUAAGAGGAAAAAUGCCAGUGGGGGAGCAGGCUCUUGGACUGGCUCAGAAGCCGGCAGAUCCCUCCCCACUCCCCCCAGAGGAAUGCCUCACAUCAGAAAAGGCAAACUCACUGCAGUCAAGUACACCUCAGGCAGCAGCAGGUGGAAUGCCAACUUGGGGGGCAGAGGGAGUUGGGAGGAGAAGACCAAUCUUAAUUUGUCUUGUCCCAUAAUACCUGGUUCCAGAUCAGUGACCACAAAUCAAACCAAAAGAGCUAGGAAAGAUGGCCCCUCCCCUGGUCUUGGGAGGAAAAUGCCAAGGAAAAACUCUAGAGGAGGGAAGCCUUAUGAAAUGAAGAAGAAUCUUGGCAAGCCAGACAGUAGCACUGGAAUUAUACCCAGUGACCUGCCCAGCGCAUCUCCAGAGGAAGUAGUUUAUGAAUGGCUGAGCAAAAUUCCAGAAGAAUCCAUCCUCAUGAGCUAUGAGAUGCAGGACGACAGCCCUGGAGCUGCUGUGGAAACUCCAGAAGAGGACCUUGGUGUCAAGGAUUCUCCUGAAGUUCCUGGAGAGAUGUCCCAGGCCCAAGAAUCUGCCCUAGAUAGGGAAGAUUCUGGGGGAGCACCAUUAGAUGAAAACCCUAGGGUGGAUACUGCUAGCCCAAAGGCAGGAGGUAGUCUUACUGAAGAGAAGUCUUCUAGUACUGCGGCAACAAUAGCUGAGGGCAAUCCAGGUGAAUGUGCGGACUUGGGAGUGAAAACCAACCUGAGUAAGAUGGAGGACCUGCCUAGCACACUGUAUAGCUCUGUGCAGAUCAUGAAAACACUGCUCAGCUCUAAGCAGAGCCCUAAGCUAGGCCGGUUCAAUAGUUUGCCAGAAGUGUCGCAGACCAUGGGAAGGAAGUUGAGCCACUCUGCCCAUGUACUGAUCACCUGCCUGGCCAGCUUACACUUCUUUGAUGAAGAACUCAUGACUGUAACGAACCAGCUGACCUACAUGAACUCCCCCAAGUACCAAGAGCUUCUGAGCAUCUUCCAAGCCCUGUGGACUGAAUGUAACCCCAGGACAGAUGAGGCAAGCUCAAAGGGAUUGUCACAAACCCCACUGACUGGUGACUUUACCCCAAUGUCAUCUUCUGGGGUAGAUGUCAGCAGUGGCUCUGGUGGUUCUGGAGAAGGGAGUGUGGCUGGUGUGGUGGACUGUGCUCCUUUCCCUGAAAAGAUGGAGGGUUCCAAUUUGAAGGGGCGGGAUAGCACAACCUGCCAUGAUGACAUAGAUCCUAUAACUCUAGUGAAAGAAGAGAACAAGGGAUCCUUCUCAAAUGGCCAAGUGAAAAUGGAAGUCCAAUCGACUGAGAGAGAUGAAGAGGGAAGAAGCACUCAUGAUGUAACCAGCAGGGAUGAAGCCAAUGAAAGCCUGAAAGAACAGAUGUUGGAAAAUAGCAUGAGGGUAGUUGAUGAAGCUGAAGUAAAAGAAGCAGGGAUGGAAGAAGAGAAAAUGCUAGAAAAGGAAAUGCAAGAGGGAGAAACACAAGAUGAAGGAAUGAAAGCAGAAAAGAUUCAAGAAGAAGAAAAACAAGCGGAAGAGACAAAAGAUGAGAAAGUGUUAAUGGAAAGAAUGCAGGAAGAGGAAGGAAUACAAGAAGGGGAAGCAUCCAAAGAAUGGGACUCUACAGAUUCAUGCCCCCCAGUCAACACAGAGGAACCAACAGAGCAAGUUCAUAACCUCAGUAAAGAUGAUUCAAAUUCUGACAGUGUUCAUGAUGGCCAAGCACUUGACCCUCCUUUGAAAGAGGUAACUGAAGGAGUUACUGUGGUGAGUGGGCAAUCUGUGGUCAAUACCACUUCGGGGACUGGGGUGAAGAGGGCAUCUAUUAUCCAGAACACCUCACCAGAUCCUGAUCCGCUCUGGGUUCUGAGGUUGUUGAAGAAGAUAGAGAAGGAGUUCAUGACUCAUUAUGUCAAUGCCAUGUCUGAAUUCAAGGUCAGGUGGAAUUUACAGAAUAAUGAAAUUUUGGACCAGAUGAUUAUAGAAUUAAAGAAUGAGGUAAACCAACGAAUACAAAAGAGCAUAGAAAAAGAACUUAGGAAAAUCCAAAGUAGGGCAGGGAAGAAGCUUCCAAAGCCCCCCAAGGAAGCUUUUAGGUGGGAGACUUCACUGCAGACAGAACAAAGGAGGAGGCGCCUGAAGGGUAUGCACAACCACUCAGCCUUCACAGAGCAAAAUAAAACGCCAGGAAAGAGGUAUCUCUCCCUGGCCUUCAAUGAUGCCAUGGUGUCCAGCAGCACCCUGGGUGAUGAUCUACGGGAGCUAGAAGGGGAGGAAGAGUUCUGCCCUUGUGACACUUGCAUAAGAAAGAAGAUGACUAGUAUGUCUCUGAAGAACCCAACACCAGCUGCAGAUGCUCCUGUCAGAAAGGCUUUUGACUUACAACAAAUUCUCCUUAAGAAGAAGGAAGAAAAGUUGAAUGAGGGAGCAGCUGAGCUGGCUACCAAGGAGCAAGGGAGCAAAGCGCUUCAGAGAGAACACACAGGUAAUGAGGUUGUUGAUGAAGCCGAACCAGGGUUGGCAUCUAGCAGAUGUAUGGAUGGAGCUGAUGCAGGGGAGGGAAACCCCAGAGAAGACGGAGAGUCGGAACUGCAUAAAGGGGAAGAGCAGGAGACUAAUCAUGGGGAAACAAUGACUGAGGGAGGGGGAGAAGCAGAUCUCCAGAACAGUGAGGAGGGAGAUAAAGAAGGAAAAGCCAAAAGUGACUUGGAAGAAGACAAUGAAGAUGAAAAACAAGAUGAGGGAGAGAGUGCAGGUGAUGGAAGUGAGAAGAAAGAAACUGGCCCUGCAUCUGAAUUUGGGGCAAAUUCAGAGCAAGAAGCCACAGGAGAUGGGGAUAGAUGCUCAGAAGCAUCAGAUGGUGCUGACAAACUUCAGGCCACUGAGCCACUCAGCCCACAGGCUGAGGUAGAGAAGCAAACAGAGUCACAGUCAGAGGGAAGAAGCCAAGAGGACCAGAAAAGCAGCUGGCAGGAAAUCCCAGGAGAAACUCAGACUGGUGAAAGGUCUGAAGAGAGUAAUUCUGAGCAAGAGGCAAGUGAUGGAAGUGUGAGGACCAACAAUCCUCCUGAGGCUCUCAGAAGCUCCCCACGAAACAAAGAAACCGUCUUCUCCAGCACCUCGUCCACUGAAAACUGCUCUCAAGCAUCACAGAAAGGUUCAGAAAAAGAGGGCUCAGAGGGAGACUGUCAAGAAUCAGAAAGCCCAGAGGCUGAGCCUAGCAGAGAAAGUAAUUCAGAGAACAAGGCUUUUACCAUGUAUCCUGAAAAUUCCCCUUCUGAGAAAGAUGAAAAGUCUUCUUGCUCUAGUACCUCUGAAAAGGACUCUACUGGCAGCCCUGACUUAGAACGCAAGGAGAGGCUGGCUAAGAACUCUAAGUUUACAGAAGUUAUUGAUAAGGCAGACAUAUUUGAUGACAAUUGCUUGGAUUUCUAG